AUGAUGUUAUUGUAGGAAAAAUAAAUAGAUAUAGAUUAAUUGAGCAUAGCAGAACUUGAAAUACAAGCAGUUAUUAGCUUUACUAGUAUAUUGACAAUAUUAUCAUUUUUGGUAAAAUUACUUAAGGGUUGACUUUGCAUCCAGAUAAUGAGGUAUAUUUUAAGUAAUCAUUACAAGCACAUAAUAUAUCCUUUGGGUUCGACUAUUGUUGUUAGACAUAUAAUCAGCAGGACUCAUACAUUUUUAAGGUUAUAAUUCUGAGAUUAAUUUAGUUUAGAGGACAAGAUAACUAAAUUUCUGUGAUAACAGUUUCCCGCUCUGGUGAUUAUGUAGCUUCUGGAUAAAGGACUUAUAUGGGAUUUUAAGCUGAUAUUAUUAUUUGGGAUUUCAAGUAAAAGAAGCAUGAUUCACAGAUUGAAACUACAAAAGUGUAAAUUCAAUCACUCAGUUUUUGCUUAUUAUGAAUUAGACUAAGCCGCUUUAGGUGGAAUCGAUGAUAAAAAUAUGCUGAUAGUUUGGGACAUUAAAGCAGGAAAAGCAUUAUAUGGAACUCCAAAUAGGGAUCCAGUCAAUAAAGUCUAAUUUUACAAUUAAUCAGAUGAAAAAUUGAAAACAGUUUUAAAUACUGGAGUUUAAAUUUUAACAAUUGAUAAAUAAAAUAAAAAGGUCUUCAAUUAUUUCAUAAUAAAGAUUUAAUCAGUAUUUGUAAAUUUUGGCAACAUUAAACGAACUUUCAUUUUUGCAGCAAUUGAUAAAAAUGAUAAAUAUUGUUAUUGCGAUACAAAAACUGGAGAUGUGUUUGAAAUUUAAAUGAAUAUGGCUAUUUAUAAACGAUUAGCCCCUGUAAAAAAAUUAUUCAGUCAAGGAGUUAAUUGCUUAGGUUCAUUACCUAAUGGCGAUAUUAUUGUUGAGGCUGUGAUGGUAUGAUA